AUGCUCAAUUUUAAUCAGCCUCUUCCCGAUACGGUUGGUGUGGAGCCUACAUGGAAGGUUUUGGUAUUCGACAAUUUUGGGCAAGAUAUUUUGUCACCGUUGUUCACCGUCAAAGAGUUACGAGAGCGGGGCGUUACGCUCCACCUGCAUCUGAAUGGUCAUCGAGAAAUACUGUCUGAUGUGUCGUGCAUUUAUUUUAUCGAGGCAAACGAAGAGAACAUCAGGGCAGUUUGUCAGGUAGUGUGCAAAGUAGAAGUUUUUGCUGCUUUACGAUGUGACGUUCUCGUUGAAUACACUCAUCGAGUCAUUGUAUUAUACAUCGCAGUUUCUUUGCCAGUACAGAUUGAGCAGCAUUUCGGUCGUUCCGAAAUUCUUGCCAUAAGAAUUUGUGUUAUUCUAAGUUUCAACAAACGUCGUCUUUUCGAAAGGAUGAUAACAUGAUG